AUGCAAUGUGCCGCCACUGGUGAUAGACCUCCUCAGUUUGUUUGGGAGCGAGAUGGAGUUACUGUUUCAAGCAACACAGAUCCUAGGGUUCGAGUAGAAGAUGGUGGAUUAUAUGCUUGUAUAGCGAAAGAAGGUGAACAUGUAGCCAGCAGUGAGAACAGACUGGACUUUUAUGGUCCACCUUACAUUCGGUCACUACCACCAGUUAAGGCACAGAGUGGUGAAUCAAUAAAUCUCAGAUGUACAUUCUAUGGAUAUCCCAUAAGCUGCGCCCAAAUGGCUAGAAGAACCAUCAAAUUCGUCUCUCUUGCUCGGAAGAAAAGGCAUUGUAUCAUGCAGUGCGAGCGGCUAUCAUCAACCACAAGUACAUUGGAAGAAAAAAGAUGGUACAAAACAACAGGAAUAUUUGAUCUCGCUUAUAGCCUAACAUGGAAAGAAGCAAGCGGUCCGUGGCAAGAAGUGUGGUCACCAAACAAAGUACCUAAUAAAUUAUCAAACCUCUCUGGAGUUCAAAAACAUGCGCUGACUGGUCUUAAAUGUGGCACGAAAUAUUCUUUGAGGAUCACAGCUACUAACAAAGUUGGUACAUCACAACCGGCGUAUUUGGAUGUUAGCACGUUGGGUGGACCUCCCAUCGCUCCUACGUCAACGGAGUGGUUCUGGAGCAACUGUUCCCACGUGUUCAUUCAGGCCGCUGGUUGGGAUGACGCGGGAUGUGAGCUCCGAACGUUGGAGCUAGAACACCGGGCUCUUGGAGCGAGGAGCUGGAUGAGGCCUAUCAAUAUAUUGUCAUACACGGGUCACCUCUACCAGUAUCGAGGCUCGUUCGCUCUAUCAGGCCUGUCCGCCGGCACCUGGUACGUGUUACGUAUCACAGCCACCAACGAGGCGGGGAGCGUCACCACCGUUUACAACUACGCGACUAAGAACGAGGAUGGCAGUGAAGUUGGUCCUCCGUCGGAAAUCUUCGACAUCAACAUGUUGGUGAUAGUCUUAAGCUCAAUUCUCCUAGCCGUCUGUCUUAUCUGCUGUGCUUAUAUUCUAGUUAAGAGGCAACGUAAUGUCAACUUAACGGGAUACCGCGACUCAAUAACGGUCGACAAAUCUGAAAGUGGCAACAUAACAGCUAACACAUCACACAGUAAUCUAGCGAAUGUUAAAGAGAACUCAAUGAACGCUCAGAACAGAAUAUACAGCGCUCCGAUACAUGUUAGAAAUAAUAGUAAACAUGUUAUACGAGAUAAGUCCUUAAGCAAUAGGCUGUCGGCUUUCGAACGUUUGGUCACGCUGAAAACAAUGACGUGCCGAGACACAUCAAACACAGAUAUGAUACAGGUAGUGAGGACAACGAAACAAGAUAAAAUAUAA